GCUACGCUGUCUGUGCAUAUUUAGGGGAACCCCAACCUCACCUUGCGUGUUCUACUUUCACUCCUCACUCCUCUGUCUUGUCCCAUUUUUCUCCUCCACGACUCUCUCUCUCUCUCUCUCUGUCUCUCUUCUCUGCUUUGUUUGACAUUUCCUCACAGACCAGCCCUUCGGUUUAAUCUCUCAGCCUGUCAUUUCCGUGGAGGUUGGCCGGCAUUUCGGCUUAAUUGACAGACUUCGUGGUGGUCUCAGCGCUGCCAACUUGGAGAAAUCCCUUCUUUCUUUCUGUUUCCUCUCGUGUUCUUCAGUUAUCAAAAAAUUUCUUCAGUUUCAGGCCCUUUUGGCAUGUGGGUAGGAGUUUGAUAAGGAAAUGGAAAGAGAAAAUGGUGUCGAUGAGAAGAGUGGAAGGACUUUGUUCGAGUUGGUUCCAGGUGAGAAAGAGGGGCCGAAGGCGGGGAAGAAGCUUGAGGGGUUUAGGGGUUUGGAGGAGAAGGACCUCGGGCCGAGGACUAGAGAGACAGAGCUGAGGUUGGGCCUCCCUGGGGACUGGGUAGAGAGAGAAACCCAUCUUUCUGAUCACCAAUCCCUUGAAGACAUCUCUAAGCUCCCAAAGGGCGCUAACUCUGUAGGUGCAAAAAGGGUGUUUUCAGACACGCUGGAUGGUUUCUCAACCAAGCAAGAGAGCUUCCAGAACAAGUCUGGGUGUUUCCCUCCAUGGUCAUCACCAACGCCACCUGCUCCUGCAUCUUCCGUGUUGCCCAAUAACCAACCUACCUUUCUUUCAUUUACAACCAACCAUGGUGUGCAGAACAUAAUGAAGGAGCCAGCUUCGAAUGUCACAAAGCAAGAACAGAGCAGGGCCGUAGUCGGUUGGCCACCUUUGAGAUCAUUCAGGAAGAAUUUUGCUGCUAGCUCCUCUAAACCCCCACCAGAAAAACAGAGCACUGCAGAUCCCAUCAAUGGAAGGAACACAGAGGUUCCUAAGAGCGGGCUAUUUGUGAAGAUAAACAUGGACGGGGUGCCUAUUGGGAGGAAGGUUGAUCUUAAUGCUUAUGACAGUUACGGCAAGCUCGCCGUCGCCGUUGAUGAACUAUUCCGAGGCCUUCUUGCAGCUCAAAGAAAUCUCGCAGAUGGAAGCCAUGGCGGUAGUAAAGAAGAGAAGCCCAUUACAGGGUUGUUGGACGGCAGCGGAGAAUAUACCCUGGUUUAUGAAGACAAUGAAGGUGAUCGGAUGCUGGUUGGUGAUGUGCCAUGGAGGAUGUUUGUGAGCUGUGUCAAGAGGUUGCGUGUUAUGAAGAGCUCCGAUUUAUCCAGUCUGCGCGGCGCUUCUGGAAGCGGGGCAGAAGCAAAGUGCAGAGGGGCGGUGGACUCGACUGCCAAGUGUUGAAAGCCAGCGUCUCCUUCUCAAAGUUGUCUCUUCUGAUCUUUUUUUUCUCACCCACUCUCCCUCUCCGUGUCUGGAAAGCCGAGUGCUCUCGGGCUCUUUCUCUCUCUCUCUCGCGCACACACACACACACGCAUUUGCUCACUUUAAUCUUUUAUCUUUAAGCCUUGUAAGAUGAAGGAAAGUGGCUUCUCAGUGUGAAAUUUUUCUUCUUUUCUCUUUCUGCCAUGUGUGUCUGAAACAGAAAAUAUAUUGAGCAAUUACUAAUGUCGAUCACUUCUUAUAGAAUUCCAA